UAUAUGAACACGCACACAGAGACGUCUUGGUCUCUAUGCCAAUAAGAGGUGAUCCAGACAGUCUCUCAGUGGGCCACCAUGUGGACGCAGUGGAAGACAUUCGAUCCAUUUUGAGGCAAGCAGCAGCUGAUAGGUUUGACUUUGUGUCUAUACCUUUGGCAGCUCCUCAGGGUCAGGGAGUUGACUAUGAUUUUCGGCCCUCUGUGGAGUCCUGUCUCACCUUGGAGGGUGAGCAAUGGCGCACAGUUGUGGUGGGAAGAGUGUCGGAAUCGCUCGAUCCGGACACUGCUUCUACAUUUUCGGAAGCAGAGGUGCUGCGGUCAUGCUUGGAGACUGAACUGCGAUGGGCCGCACAUCUAGGAUUGCAAUAUGCGAUUCUGCCUCCUCCACAUUCAGCACUUGACAAAGGUGCAACUGGCAGUGGUUGCAGCUAUGCCCGAGCUGUUGGGGACCUGCUCGCUGGUGGCCUUUUUUCGCUUGCAGCCCUUGAGGAUGCAGCGCCAGUGGCAUUGCAAAUGCCAGCCACCUCCAGUGGAUGGAAAGCGUGGAAUCGCUUUCGGACCCUAUGUGAUCACCAUGUGCGGCUGUGUUGUGCCCUGGAACUCACGGUGGACAAGACCAGCGAAAAGGAGCUUGAAAGAUGGCUAGCCGAGCCUGUUCGCUGUGUAAUACUGUCUCCAUCCACAUUCCUCCUGAACCGGUCUGGAUAUCCUGUGCUGCCAAAGAAAGCAAAAGCUUUGCUGGAGCAGCUCUUCCGGCGCCAGGUUCAGGUGAUCAUUGCGGAGCCGCAGUCAGUGGAGCAAAAUGAGGGAUUGCUGCCUCGCCUGUCUUACAUUGCGCGGCUCUUUCAGGCUCUUCCGCCUCUCUCACAGGCAGAGCGCUUUGCCUAUUCGCACAUGGACACUUUGCAGGCUCCACUUCAACCAUUGGCUGACAACUUGGAGUCCGAAACCUACGAGCUCUUUGAGACCGACCCAGUUAAGUAUGCAAAGUAUCAAGAGGCUGUCUUCAUUUUCUUGACGGAACGCAAACAAGAAGGACGCCCCAUGCCAUUUUGCGUCAUGGUUCUUGGAGCUGGACGAGGUCCUUUGGUCGAAGCAGCUUUAAAAGCAGCUGAAAGGGCUGAGGUGGAGGUGGAUCUCUAUGCUGUGGAGAAGAACCCAAAUGCUGUGCAGGCACUCCGCCAUCGAAAGAGGCGUGACGGUUGGUCCAGCGUGCAGGUGGUGCCUGGAGACAUGAGGUCGUGGGAUGCGCCGAAGAAAGCUGAUGUCAUCAUCAGCGAGCUUUUGGGCUCCUUCGGGGACAAUGAGUUGAGUCCGGAAUGCCUUGAUGGUGCGCAGCGCUUCUUGGCUUCAGAUGGUGUUUGCAUACCAAUCAGCUACACAGCUGCAUUGACGCCGGUAACAGCACCAGGGUUGUGGGCAAAUGCGAGACAGGGAGCAGCAGGUGGAGGCGUAGCUGAUUUGGAGACUGCUUACGUGGUGCACAUGCAGCAUGCAUUCUACCCAUGCAGUGCUGUCAAGGACUGCUUCGAGUUCCACCAUCCAAACUGGACCAUGGAGAGCAACGACAGAUGCGUGGAUUUGGACUUUGAGAUUGAGGUGGAUUCACUUGUGCAUGGCUUUGCUGGAUACUUUGAUUGCGUCCUGUAUGGCCCGGAGCACAUAUCUAUCCACCCAAAGAACUUCUCGGUGGGCAUGUUCAGCUGGUUUCCCAUGUUCUUCCCCUUGCGACAUCCGCAGUAUGUGCCGAGAGGAAGCAUCAUCAGGAGUCAUUGGUGGCGCCGGCACGAUGCGCACAAGGUUUGGUAUGAGUGGGCACUAACAGAGCCUGCUCCCACCGAAGUUCAGAAUCCUGGGGGCAGAUCAUGGCCGAUUGGUUUGCUAUGAGGUCUUGUCUCUAUGACUUGCUGUUGCAAUCAAGGCGCUUCGCUGAAAAUGCCGAUGAGUGCAGACAUCUCGCUAUUCAGGAACAAGUUAUUUUUAAGUUGAUUAUAUGGACAUAUGAGGUUGUUGUUUUGGUAAUAUUGGAACCCCGCAUUGCAUGUGAACCUGUAUUGCAGCGAAGAUAUCUAGCUUUGGAUCUUGAAGACUUUGCCAUAGUGGCUUUACUCUCAGCGUCUUUGGACAUGGAACUCUUGCGCCAUGAGCGCGAUCUGGAAUGAGUGCAAACAAUUUGAGUGCUGUAACAUUUUGCGCGAACUGGCUCAAACUUGCUUCAGCUCUCAUGCGCAC